UAAAGAACUGGAGAUCUGGCAACCUGAAGUGUGACUGAGGAAGCAGCACCCUUCGAGCUAACGCUAUUACAUUAAUUUCUUCUAAUCUCUAUACUUUAAAAUUAUUUACCUUACGUUAUAUAAAUAUAACUGACACUACUUUAGAUAAAACAAUCGUAACGUUGCGCUGUCGCUAAAUUUGAUCUGGUUUUUUUUUUUGUUUUUUUUUUAACAUCCGCGACUAGCUUGUAGCCCGUAGCCCGCUAGCAUCACCUACCGCUAGCCUUGUUUACGUUUCACAUUUCUCACUUACCGCUGUUCUGUUUAAAAAAAACAAAAAAAAAAACAAACAUGUCUGCUGUCUCUCCGGUUUUGAGUGCAGAUGAGGACUCGCUCGAGCUUCACAUGGUGCGGCUGGAACUGGAGGAUGUGGAGAAGCAGAUCCGCGGCCUACUCGACAAGCAGGCCCAGCUGCUGGAGCGACAAACUGCGCUGGAAACAUCUUGUGCCUCUGCCCAUAUAUCCAAGGGACCGUGCACCUAGGACUUUCCCAGCCGUGGUCUCCGUCACGCCGGCGCCAACACACCUCGGGCCUUGGGUGAACCAGCGGCGGAAGGCGCGGGCUGGACCCUCUCCACCUCCGGUGUUCGAGAUUCCAACCAGGAACCGCUUCGCCCCUCUCCGCCAGACCAGACCCAACGCUGUGAUCGUCGGGGACUCCAUUGUGCGGAACGUCCGUGUAGCCUCAUCUAAAGGUAAGGUGCGCACACACUGUUUUUCUGGUGCUUGUGUCCUUGAUGUCGCUGCGCAGGUAUCCGGGAUCCUGAAGAAGGACGAGCGCAUUGGAGCGGUUGUGCUGCACGCGGGGACGAACGACACCAGGCUGCGGCAGACGGAGGUUCUGAAGAGGGACUUCUCCAGCCUGAUCGAGACGGUACGAGGCAGAUCACCCACCGCGAAGAUCAUCGUCUCUGGACCUCUUCCCACAUACAGACGUGGAGCAGAAAAGUUCAGUAGACUUCUAGCAUUAAAUGAUUGGUUAGUCUCUUGGUGUAAUGAGCAGAAUCUGGUGUUUGUCAAUAACUGGAAUCUGUUCUGGGAGCGUCCUAGGUUGUUUCGUCCUGAUGGCCUGCACCCCAGCAGCCUUGGAGCGGAACUGCUAUCAGACAACAUUUCCAAGGCGCUACACUCCAAGUGACUGCCUAGCGUAAGUACAUCUUCCAAUAAUAACAACAUUCAGUAUAAUCAAUGUUCAAUUAAAAAUCCGGCACCGGUAGUACAUACUAUAGAGACUGUGUCUGUUCCCCGAGCUAUACAAAUAUAUAGAAAAUCUCGGAAAGUCUAUCUUCGUAACCUAAUUAACAUAAAAUUAAAUCAUAUUGAAUGCACAGCCAGCACUUUUGAUCUGAAGCUAGGACUAUUAAACAUUAGAUCUCUUGCGUCUAAGGCUCUUAUUGUUAACGACAUCAUUACUGAUCAGGAAUGUAAUUUAAUGUGUUUAACAGAAACUUGGAUUAAACCAAACGAGUACAUAGCAUUAAAUGAAGCCAGUCCUCCUGGAUACAGUUAUGUACAUCAGCCUCGUUCAACUGGUAGAGGAGGAGGUGUUGGUCUCAUCCAUAGUAAAAAUCUAGUCGUCACACAAAAACCUAAGCAUAAAUUUAAUUCUUUUGAAAUUCUUUAUACCAGUAUAAGUUAUGUAGCCACAAAAAAUAAGUCAAUUCCUCUAAUUAUUAUUUACAGACCCCCAGGGCCAUAUACUGAAUUUCUUAGUGAAUUUGCAGACUUUGUCUCAAACCUGGUUGUGUCUGUAGAUAAAGCAUUAAUCGUCGGAGACUUUAAUAUUCAUUUUGAUAACCUGGAAGACCCUCUAAGAUUAGCGGUUGUGUCCAUCUUAGAUUCAGUAGCGAUUAAUCAGAACGUAAUCGGGCCUACUCAUAAUGGUGGUCACACUCUUGACCUCAUACUAACAUACGGACUAAGUAUAGAAAAUAUUAUCAUUCUUCCGCAGUCUGAAGUUGUCUCAGACCAUUAUCUUAUCUCGUUCAUAAUACGAAUUGAUCAUAAUAUUUCCACCUCGCCUCGCUACCGCAUAAAACGUACCUACACAUCAGCUACUGCACCGAGCUUCAUAAAUAACCUCGCAGAAACAUCAAUUAGAUUUGGAUCACCGUCAGAUCACAUAGAACUCGAUCAGGCGACUGAAAGCUUGGAGUCAACACUCCGCUACACGCUAGAUAGAGUGGCUCCACUCAAAAGGAAAAUAAUUAGAGAAAAAAAAUUAGCACCCUGGUAUAACGAUCAAACGCGAACCUUAAAACAGACAACUCGACAAUUAGAACGUAAAUGGCAUCAAACCAAUCUGGUGUUAUUUCAAACAGCAUGGAAGGAGAGCCUACUGAAAUAUAGGAAAUCUCUUGGCGAUGCUAGAAAAAUCUAUUUCUCCGCCUUAAUAGGAGACAACAAAAACAAUUCUAGAUUCCUUUUCAACACAGUAGCAAAAUUAACUAGGAAUAAAACCACUACAGAGAGAAACACUCAAUCAUUACAUAGCAGUGAAGAUUUCAUGAAAUUUUUCAUCGAUAAGGUUGAAAAUAUUAGACGUGAAAUACAGGCCAUUAAAUUAAAACCGGACAGUACUGUAACAAACCCAUUACAUGACAAUGUAGCAAUAUCAGAUCAAUGUUUAGAGUAUUUUGCUUCACUUAGAGAGACCGAACUAGCUACAUUAAUCUCUUCAGCCAAUUCAUCAACUUGCAUACUAGAUCCU